AUGAAGCUCUCCGUCAGUCAGUCAAACUUCAGCGGCUUCCCUCAGCGAGCUCCCAGCAGCUCCUACUGCUGCGAGUGGAUACCACCCUGGGCUGCUUCUGCUGCUGGCUCUAUCAGGUAUGGACAGACAGACAGACAGACAGACCAGAGUUGCCUUUUGCUCACUAUCAUUUUCUUGUUUGUGGGAGAGAGAAUAGGAAUCUUUAUUUGUGGUGUUGUGUAUCUAUAAAUUGUGUGUGUUUGUUGGAGUUUUGGUUUGAAUUUAAAAACCGGUACAUUUCUUAUACAUUUUUUAAAUGGAUUCUUUUAACAUUUAGUAAAUGUGUGACAAAACCUUUAAAGGAGCUCCUAAAAUGGAAAAUCUAAUCAAAUCAAAUCACAUUUUAUUUGUCACAUGCGCCGAAUACAACAGGUGUAGACCUUAUCGUGAAAUGCUUACUUACAAGCCCUUAACCAACAAUACAGUUCAAGAAAUAGAGUUAAGAAAAUAUUUACUAAAUAAACUAAAGCUAAAUGUCAUAAAAUAAACUAAAUGUCAUUCCUUCUUGAAUGUAGUGCAUCCCUUAAUGUUCCUAUUCAUGCAUGCAAAUUGUCCUUAAACAGUGGUGUUUUUUUAAGUGGUAUGUUUUAAGCGCUUCUUUGUUGAGUGCAGUACAGACAAUGUUUGCAGAGAGCUUGGUCUUUGCCUGGGGCUGGUUUCUCUCUAAUGUCUGUCUGCUCUGGUGUAAUGGCAGACAAGCUUUUUUAUGUCAGCAACGACCUAUUCUAAAAUACACUCUGUCCAGAGUAGUAUUGUGUUAUCAAAUGUUUGUUACAAACAUUAUUUGGUUAGUUAAACGAUCCAAUGUGUAGUUGUUGUUGUUUUUUAUUCCAAGAAAAUAGAGAACUCUUGUGUGGCACAGUUUUUUCUGUGUAAUGACUUGACCAACUUGGAGUUAGGUGUUCAUUGCUUGGCAACAGCUUUGAAUAUUGCUGAGGGGGUGAGAAGACUAGUAGAACUAAUGGAUUGCCACCCUGACCAAAUAAAAUCAAAUUGUAUUUGUCACAGGCGCCGAAUACAACAGGUGUAGACCUUACAGUGAAAUGCCUACUUACAAGCCCUUAACCAAUAAUGCCGUUUUAAGAAAAAUAAGUAUUAAGAAAGUAUUUACUAAAAUAAACUGAUGUAAAAAAUUAAAAAGAAGAACAAUUUUGAAAAUAACAAAUAUUUAAAGAGCAUCAAUAAAAUAUAAUAAUAAUAAUAUGCCAUUUAGCAGACGCUUUUAUCCAAAGCGACUUACAGUCAUGUAUGCAUACUUUUUUACAUAUGGGUGGUCCCGGGGAUCGAACCCACCACCCAUGGCAUUACAAGCACCAUGCUCUACCAAUUGAGCUACAGAGGACCACAACAGUAAUAGGCUAUAUACAGUGGGGGAAAAAAGUAUUUAGUCAGCCACCAAUUGUGCAAGUUCUCCCACUUAAAAAGAUGAGAGAGGCCUGUAAUUUUCAUCAAAGGUACACGUCAACUAUGACAGACAAAUUGAGAUUUUUUUUCUCCAGAAAAUCACAUUGUAGGAUUUUUAAUGAAUUUAUUUGCAAAUUAUGGUGGAAAAUAAGUAUUUGGUCACCUACAAACAAGCAAGAUUUCUGGCUCUCACAGACCUGUAACUUCUUAUUUAAGAGGCUCCUCUGUCCUCCACUCGUUACCUGUAUUAAUGGCACCUGUUUGAACUUGUUAUCAGUAUAAAAGACACCUGUCCACAACCUCAAACAGUCACACUCCAACCUCCACUAUGGCCAAGACCAAAGAGCUGUCAAAGGACACCAGAAACAAAAUUGUAGACCUGCACCAGGCUGGGAAGACUGAAUCUGCAAUAGAUAAGCAGCUUGGUUUGAAGAAAUAAACUGUGGGAGCAAUAAUUAGGAAAUGGAAGACAUACAAGACCACUGAUAAUCUCCCUCGAUCUGGGGCUCCACGCAAGAUCUCACCCCGUGGGGUCAAAAUGAUCACAAGAAAGGUGAGCAAAAAUCCCAGAACCACACGGGGGGGCCUAGUGAAUGACCUGCAGAGAGCUGGGACCAAAGUAACAAAGCCUACCAUCAGUAACACACUACGCCGCCAGGGACUCAAAUCCUGCAGUGCCAGACGUGUCCCCCUGCUUAAGCCAGUACAUGUCCAGGCCCGUCUGAAGUUUGCUAGAGUGCAUUUGGAUGAUCCAGAAGAAGAUUGGGAGAAUGUCAUAUGGUCAGAUGAAACCAAAAUAGAACUUUUUGGUAAAAACUCAACUCGUCGUGUUUGGAGGACAAAGAAUGCUGAGUUGCAUCCAAAGAACACCAUACCUACUGUGAAGCAUGGGGGUGGAAACAUCAUGUUUUGUGGCUGUUUUUCUGCAAAGGGACCAGGACGACUGAUCCGUGUAAAGGAAAGAAUGAAUGGGGCCUUGUAUCGUGAGAUUUUGAGUGAAAACCUCCUUCCAUCAGCAAGGGCAUUGAAGAUGAAACGUGGCUGGGUCUUUCAGCAUGACAAUGAUCCCAAACACACCGCCCGGGCAACAGUGGAGUGGCUUCGUAAGAAGCAUUUCAAGGUCCUGGAGUGGCCUAGCCAGUCUCCAGAUCUCAACCCCAUAGAAAAUCUUUGGAGGGAGUUGAAAGUCUGUGUUGCCCAGCGACAGCCCCAAAACAUCACUGCUCUAGAGGAGAUCUGCAUGGAGGAAUGGGCCAAAAUACCAGCAACAGUGUGUGAAAACCUUGUGAAGACCUACAGAAAACAUUUGACCUGUGUCAUUGCCAACAAAGGGUAUAUAACAAAGUAUUGAGAAACUUUUGUUAUUGACCAAAUACUUAUUUUCCACCAUAAUUUGCAAAUAAAUUCAUAAAAAAUCCUACAAUGUGAUUUUCUGGAUUUUUUUCCUCAUUUUGUCUGUCAUAGUUGACGUGUACCUAUGAUGAAAAUUACAGGCCUCUCUCAUCUUUUUAAGUGGGAGAACUUGCACAAUUGGUGGCUGACUAAAUACUUUUUUCCCCCACUGUACAGGCGGUACCGGUACAGAGUCAAUGCAAAUAGUCCAUUUGAUUAGCUGUUCAGGAGUCUUAUGGCUUGGGGGUAGAAGCUGUUAAGAAGCCUUUUGGACCUAGACUUGGCGCUCCGGUACCGCUUGCGGUGCGGUAGCAGAGAUAACAGUCUAUGACUAGGGUGGCUGGAGUCUUUGGCAAUUCUUAGGGCCUUCCUCUGACACCGCCUGGUAUAGAGGUCCUGGAUGGCAGGAAGCUUAGCCCCAGUGAUGUACUGGGCCGUACGCACUACCCUCUGUAGUGCCUUGCGGUCGGAGGCCGAGCAGUUGCCAUGCCAGGCGGUGAUGCAACCAGUCAGGAUGGUCUCGAUGGUGCAGCUGUAGAACCUUUUGAGGAUCUGAGGACCCAUGCCAAAUCUUUUCACUCUCCUGAGGGGGAAUAGGCGUUGUCGUGCCCUCUUCACGACUGUCUUGGUGUGUUUGGACCAUGAUAGUUUGUUGGUGAUGUGGACACCAAGGAACUUGAAGCUCUCAACCUGCUCCACUACAGCCCCGUCGAUGAGAAUGGGGGAGUGCUCGGCCUUCCUUUUCCUGUAGUCCACGAUCAUCUCCUUUGUCUUGAUCACAUUGAGGGAGAGGUUGUUAUCCUGGCACCACACUGCCAGGUCUCUGACCUCCUCCUCUCAUCAUUGUCGGUGAUCAGGCUUACCACUGUUGUGUCGUCAGCAAACAUAAUGAUGGUGUUGGAGUCGUGCUUGGACAUGCAGUCAUGGGUGAACAGGGAGUACAGGAGGGGACUGAGCACGCACCCCUGAGGGGCGCCCAUGAUGAGGAUCAGCGUGGCAGAUGUGUUGUUACCUACCCUUACCACCUUGGGGCAGUCCGUCAGGAAGUCCAGGAUCCAGUUGCAGAGGGAGGUGUUUAGUCCCAGGGUCCUUAGCUUAGUGAUGAGCUUUGAGGGCACUAUGGUGUUGAACGCUGAGCUGUAGUCAAUGAAUAGCAUUCUCACGUAGCUGUUCCUUUUGUCCAGGUGGGAAAGGGCAGUGUGGAGUGCAAUAGAGAUUGCGUCAUCUGUGGAUCUGUUGGACCGGUAUGCAAAUUGGAGUGGUCUAGGGUUUCUGGGAUAAUGGUGUUGAUGUGAGCCAUGACCAGCCUUUAAAAGCACUUCAUGGCUACAGACGUAAGUGCUACAGGUCGGUAGUCAUUUAGGCAGGUUACCUUGGUGUUCUUGGGCACAGGGACUAUGGUGGUCUGCUUGAAACAUGUAGGUAUUACAGACUCGGUCAGGGAGAGGUUGAAAAUGUCAGUGAAGACACUUUCCAGUUGGUCAGCGCAUGCUCGGAGUACAUGUCCUGGUAAUCCAUCUGGCCCUGCGGCCUUGUGAAUGUUGACCUGUUUAAAGGUCUUACUCACAUGAGCUACGGAGAGCGUGAUCACACAGUCAUCUUGAACAGCUGAUGCUCUCAUGCAUGCUUCAGUGUUGCUUACCUCGUGCAUAGAAGUAAUUUAGCUCGUCUGGUAGGUUUGUGUCACUGGGCAGCUCGUGGCUGUGCUUCCCUUUGUAUUCCGUAAUAGUUUGCAAGCCCUGCUACAUCUGACGAGCGUCGGAGCCGGUGUAUUAGGAUUUCAAUCUUAGUCCUGUAUUGACGCUUUGCCUAUUUGAUGGUUUGUCAGAGGGCAUAGCGGGAUUUCUUAUAAGCGUCCGGGUUAGAGUCCCGCUCCUUGAAAGCGGCAGCUCUACCCUUUAGCUCAGUGCGGAUGUUGCCUGUAGUCCAUGGCUUCUGGUUGGGGUAUAUACGUACGGUUACUGUGGGGACGACAUCAUCAAUGCACUUAUUGAUGAAGCCCGUGACUGAUGUGGUGUACUCCUCAAUGCCAUCUGAAGAAUCCCGGAACAUAUUCUAGUCUGUGCUAGCAAAACAGUCCUGUAGCUUAGCAUCUGCGUCAUCUGACCACUUCCGUAUUGAGCGAGUCACUGGUACUUCAUGCUUUAGUUUUUGCUUGUAUGCAGGAAUCAGGAGGAUAGAGUUAGGGUCAGAUUUGCCAAAUGGAGGGCGAGGGAGAGCUUUGUGCGCGUCUCUGUGUGUGGAGUAAAGGUGGUCUAGAGUUUUUUCCCUCUGGUUGCACAUGUAACAUGCUGGUAGAAAUGAGGUAAAACAGAUUUAAGUUCCCCUGCAGAGUGGACAUGUCCACCAGAGUGGACAUGCAGGACAGUGUGGUGUGGGCCCUGUGGGGCCUCGACAGAGCUCAGCUCACUCCUCUCCACUGACCUCUCAGACCAAAGUCACCUAAUUUCCUGCCCCAGAGAGUGUCCACUGAUCCCCUCACUCCUCUGGGGCCCUGGGUGUCUAAUCCUGCAUCCGCCACACAGAGACAGAGGGGUAUAUGUGUCGCCACACCACCCCCAACUCAUUCUAUAGAGACUCCAGUCUCAACUAUCUAAACAAACACAACAAUGUCAACUGAUUUGACCCCUAACUUCCAAGCUUAGUCUUUAACAUCAUUUUUAUUAUGGCAUCUCCUAGUCAGGUUUAAAUGAGAAGAGAGAAGGGAAGAGAGAUAGGAAGUAGAAAGAGAGAGUGAGGUGUCUGGGGCGUGAGCAAGAGGGAGGGAAGAAGAGAGAGAGAAAAUAGAGAGGGAGAGGGAGUAAGGGAGGCUUGGGGAGGAUUUUGAUUAGGGACGAGGUGUACCCUGCCAGCUCUGGUCUGCUCAUUAUUCAGAGUGAUGGAGUGAACAGUGACUGCAGCAUCAGGAUCAGGGGAGGGGAGGUCUAACCUAACCUAUACCUCCCCAGGCCCUGAAGGAGCUGUCAGUCAACCUAAAUGGACUGAGAGUUCACGCUACCCACAAUCAACCUCUGACUCACAGCCCAGAACGUACCCAGGUGACUCCCUCCUCCAUUUAACAGAUCAUCAGGGUUGAUAGCAUAGCAAAGGGUAAACCAUAACCUGUCUGAACCUCAGCCCACAGGCAUGAUUAGUCCUGUUCUGCAUGGCUAGAAGCAGAAUGAGUCAAUCUGAAAUAUGUAUUGUUUUGACCACUUCACUUCUCACUAGUCCAUUAAGGGUAGAGUAGAACUGCCUUCGAAAAUUAAACAGAAGGAAGGGAGACAUUUUGAAUACUGAAUGACUGUGUCUCUGUGCUGGACCUCUUCCACCGUUGCCACCCACUCCAGCCCCUGGUCUUGUCUUGCAGGUCUCAGCCCUGGCUCAGUGAAAAGAUGAAUAGUUUUGGAGUAGCUGUGUGGAUGGUGUUCUGGUGUGUGGAUGUGAAGACCAGGGCAGGGAAACAAGGGCUGGAUUGGACAUUGGGACACUGCAGGGCACUAGGCAGGCAGCUGUCCAGCAGGACACACUGUGCCUGGCUAGUGUUAGAUUAGAGCCAGACAUCUGCCCACCUCCCCACCAGACUGGAACCUUCCUGGGUCAUGUGGGGGGUGAUGGGACUACUGUGGAGUCAGUUCAUCAUUCAUUCCUGUCAUCUAUUGACUCUGAUUUUCCUCACCCCUGCUACUGUUUUAUAUUUCUCGCAGUAAACAUGGUGCUAUACUGAAAUGGUUGGACUUAGUUGAGACUUUGGACUGAGUAGACCUGUGAAGUAAGCCUGUUGCUUCUGGCUGAGCUGUUGAGAGGAGCUGUUGAUACUGUCACAGGGAACUCUCAGCAGUGUCUGGCUGCGGCUGGCUGGGAUGUUUUGGUUAGCUCAGUCAGCAUCACACUGGCAUGGGGAGGCGGAGGACAGACAGACAGACACAGGAGGAGUGAGUGUGUCUUGAUCCGUGUGAACUUCUCAUCAAUAAGAGCAACCUCCCAUCCAACUCCCUGCACACUUCCACACAUCUGAGAGUACUGUUAAAAGAUUGAUUCUGUUACCCAGAGAGCAGGUGAUAAACCCCUCACACACACACACACACACACACACACACACACACACACACACACACACACACACACACACACACACACACCUAUCUGCCUGCACACACACAUAUUUCGGUCCGUUCACAGUUCACACACAGAGCCUUUGGCCCUGAGAAUAGCAACAUUUUCAGUCAGAACUCCACAGAACUCCACUCUAAUGAAAGCUAUCUUCAGUGGGAACAGGGGGGUCCUGGUGUGGAGCGGUGUUUGCUGAUUUUCUGGUAUUUUUACAGUCUUUUAUGUUCCCCAAAAACAUGGGGGGCCAAAAUAAAAUCACCCUCGGGCCAAAUGUGGGCAGCCAGUUGGGGAACCCUGCUCUACAGUAUCUUUCGCUUUCUCCUUCUAGUUAUGUCUCUCGUAUUUUCGCCCUUUCUCUCUAAUAACUUUUACCUAAUCUACUCAAACUCAUACUAUUUCUUUCUUCUGUGUUCCUCACUUCUAGUUGGGACGACAGCAGCUCGGUGAGCAGUGGGAUCAGUGACACUAACGACACAGAUGACAUCAACACCAGUUCCUCAGUCAACACUCCGUCCAUAUCCUGCAAGGACCUAGAGGGACAGGUAGGUUCUGCCCCAAUCAGGGGUGUGGAAACCAUAGAAUUAGAAUGACUAGAACAGUGAACAGACAUUAUGUUUCUAAAAUGGCAGCAUCUUUUUUAUAUUUUUUAAAAUAAAGUCAAGAAACUCUUAUUAAGCUUUCAUUUCCCUUCAAUAAACUCUGAAUAUAGAUUACAUGAUGUCCACAGCCAGAUAUUACCCUGCUGAUUUUCAAUUAGUAGUGCUGAGCGAUUAACCAAAACGUUUUUGGGUUAUUGAACAACUAAUUGAAUUCCAUGUAUUCUUUUUGUGUGUGUGUGAGCCCAACGCGCCGUUUCUCUAGAGAGAAAUCAAAUCAUUCACAAGAGACAUUUACAUUUUAGUCAUUUAGCAGACGCUCUUAUCCAGAGCGACUUACAGUUAGUGCAUACAUUAUUAUUUCUUCAUACUGGCCCCCUGUGGGAAUCGAACCCACAACCCUGCCGUUGCAAACGCCAUGCUCUACCAACUGAGCUACAUCCCUGCCGGCCAUUCCCUCCCCUACCCUGGACGACUUGUGUGCCGCCCCAUGGGUCUCCCGGUCGCGGCCGGCUACGACAGAGCCUGGAUUCAAACCAGGAUCUCUAGGGGCACAGCUAUCUCUAGUGGCACAGCCUUAGACCACUGCGCCACUCGGGAUGGCCACAUGAGAGAGGAAUGUACACAACACAACAAGAAGAGAGAGGGAAAGAGACAGUUCAUGAAAGUAUGCCUUAUCUACUUUGAAGAACUAGUAAAAUUAUAGUCAGACAGCACUGCACCAUACUUAAGCAGGCUAGCCUAGCUAAAUAGGAUGUCUAAAGACAGUACAGUAUUGGGAGAACAGAGAUGGUUGUCUGGCUGGCUGGAUGGCUGGAUGGCUGGCUGGCUGGAUGGCUGGAUGGCUGGAUGGCUGGAUGGCUGGAUGGCUGGAUGGCUGGAUGGCUGGAUGGCUGGAUGGCUGGAUGGCUGGAUGGCUGGAUGGCUGGAUGGCUGGAUGGCUGGCUCUACUGCCUGAGCAGAGAUGAGAUGAUGGCAUUAAGGAAUGAAAAAUCAUAAAGUCAUCAAAUAAAACGAACUAAUAUAAACAACUGAAAUAUUUUAUUAUUUCAUAGUAAUUUCACAUUUUUCUAUGUGGACUUGACAGAGACAAUGGAAUAUUUUCAAUAUAAUAAUAAGCCAUUUAGCAGACGCUUUUAUCCAAAGCGACUUACAGUCAUGUGCGCAUACAUUUUUACGUAUGGGUGGUCCCGGGGAUCGAACCCACUACCCUGGCGUUACAAGCGCCAUGCUCUACCAAUUGAGCUACAGAGGACCACUGGAUCAAUGUUUUGGCAAUUGAAUAUUCACUAUUUUUGGCUUUGGAAUUUCCAUUAAAACGCUUGAAUCAUUUUAAUGUCAUCAUUUCAUAAUGCAUUUCAUGUUUAAAAAAUAAUCGAAACUGAAAUCGGAAACUGUGAUAAUUUUUUAAUCAUCGAACCGAAACAGCAUCGACCUCAAAAAGCACUAAUCGCUCAGCACUACCCAUUAGACUGAUGUAGGAGCAUUUAAGCUCUCCCGUGUAAUAUACCAGGGACUUGUAUACUUUGAUUAUCUUGGCCCCAAUCAUUUGAAUGGGUACAUUAACCUGAACAUAACUGCAUACACUAGGCUGCCUCUCAACUUUCACACUUCAGUUAUAGAGGUUGUUGAAAAAAUUAGCAGAGUGACAUUUUCAUCUGUUUCUGAUCAGCAGUAUAUGCUGAUGUGGUUGCCUCAAAGUGUUGAUUGAAAUUGCAGCCUAGCACACAUCAUCCCCCAGUUAAUCUUAUCCUGACACUCCUAUCCAUAGGUAUUUAUUCUCAAGUGCACAUUUUCACCUUUUAGACUAUUGAUUUGAGGUGAAGACUUUCUGUUUGCCAUAUAGUAAAAGUGUCUCAAUCUAGAUUCUUGAGACUGUAUGAUGCAAUCCUUUUUAGGAGCUUCUGCACAAUGUAGACCAACUAUAUUGGCUUAUUGAAAUUCACUCCGUGACAAGAGUCACUAGAGACUCAAAGCAACAAGAGGUUAGAGCACAUUUCAGACGUUGCUUGUUAACCCUCAACCUGCUCCGUCUAGCCUUUGAACAGUGAGUCAUUACUCAGUCAUGAUAUGAGGCAGAAUUAACUCCAACCCACUCAAUUGGGCACAAACUGGUUGAAUCAAUAUUUGCAGCCAUAUGUGAUAAUAUCUCUCUAGAAGCUGAUCCGUCGUCAGUAUUGUGGAAUAAUUAUAAUGUUAAAAUAAGAUUUGAAUGGAGAAAGCUGAUCCGAGAGCAGCGCUGCUUUUCUUUCGAUCCUACCAGUAUCGACACAUGCCUCAACGACGCACAUAGCGAGCGUUCUCUCUGCGUGGUGUUUUGGGAAAUUCGUGUUGCGUCUUCAGCGGUUAUAGGAAGGAUGCAUCGUUAAAACACUCGUAAGCCUAAAUUCCAUCGCUAUCGGGAAACUGGGCCCAGGUCAUUUGGUUCUGCUAUUUGAUGAAGAACAGUGAUAUCACAUUAAUCUGUUGUAUAAAUAAACAAAAUAUCUAUCUGUAUUCCCAUUUGAAUUUUGCUGUGCUUUUAAAUGGUUGAAAGCACAGUGAGACAUUUGGGUGAUUACUAAACCAAAAAUCAGACAUUGUUUUUCCAUUAAAAUUUGGUUAUGGUUUUCAAACUUGUUCAUUUUUAUCUCUUAUCAAAAUGAAAAUAAAUCAAUAAAUACAUUUACUCAAUAAAAUGGUAUCUUUCAAAUUAUAUAUGUUUUAAUUUUUUUUUUUUUACAAUUUGGCGACCCCACUGCAGUUCCAUCGCAAACCCGACUUUGAAUACCACUAUUUUAGAUGGUUGAAAGCAUUGUGAUAACACUUUGGAAAUUCAGGUUGUAAUCUAAUUGAUCAAUUUAUCAACCAAAUAUUACCCAAUUAUCCACGUUGAAAUGACAGUGUGCCGAGUGGGCAGUGACUGCACUGAACCCUGCUUUAGAGCUGACUAGGGAGGGAGUCAUGGGGUGAAUUUAUGGGCUUAACUACACUACAUGACCAAAAGUAUGUGGACACCUGCUCAUCGAACAUCUCAUUCCAAUAUCAUGGGUAUUCAUAUGGCGUUGGUCCCCCCUUUGCUGCUAUAACAGCCUCCACUCUUCUGGGAAGGCUUUCCACUAGAGGUUGGAACAUUACUGUGGGGACUUGCUUCCAUUCAGCCACAAAAGCAUUAGUGAGGUCGGGCACUGAUGUUGGGCAGUUAGGCCUGGCUCACAGUCAGUGUUCCAAUUCAUCCCAAAGAUGUUCAAUGGGGUUGAGGUCAGGGCUCUGUGCAGGCCAGUCAAGUUCUUCCACACCGAUCUCGACAAACCCUUUCUGUAUGGACCUCGCUUUGUGCACGGGGGCAUUGUCAUGCUGAAACAGGAAAGGGCCUUUCCCAAACUGUUGCCACAAAGUUGGAAGCACAGAAUCGUCUAGAAUGUCAUUGUAUGCUGUAGCGUUAAGAUGUACCUUCACUGGAACUAAGGGGCCUAGCCCGAACCAUGAAAAACAGCCCCAGACCAUUAUUCCUCCUCCACCAAACUUUACAGUUGGCACUAUGCAUUGGGGCAGGGAGCGUUCUCCUGGCAUCCGCCAAACCCAGAUUCGUCUGUCGGACUGCCAGAUGGUGAAGCGUGAUUCAUCACUCCAGAGAACGCAUUUCCACUGCUCCAGAGUCCAAUGGCGGCGAGCUUUACACCGACGCUUGGCAUUUCGCAUGGUGAUCUUAGGCUUGUGUACGGCUGCUCGUUCUUGUGCUGACGUUGCUUCCAGAGGCAGUUUGGAACUCAGUAGUGAGUGUAGCAACCGAGGACAGACAAUUUUUACGUGCUACGCGCUUCAGCACUCGGCGGUCCCGUUUUGUGAGCUUGUGUGGCCUACCACUUUGCGGCUGAGCCGUUCCUAGAUGUUUCCACUUCACAAUAACAGCACUUACAGUUGACUGGGGCAGCUCUAGCAGGGCAGAAUAACGGUGCCACGUUCAAAGUCACUGAGCUUUUCAGUAAAGCCAUUCUGCUGCCAAUGUUUGUCUAUGGAGAUUGCAUGGAGGUGUGCUCGAUUUUAUACACCUGUCAGCAACGGGUGGGGCUGAUAUAGACAAAUCCACUCAUUUGAAGGGGUGUCCACAUACUGCUGUAUAUAUAGUGUAGUAGUAGGUCUGACCCAUGUCCUCAUCAGAUACACCUCAACACUCACAAACGUAUGUCUGUCAUCAUUGCCUAUGUGGAAGACUGUGUGAUAGAAGCAGUUUCUGUUUUUGCAAAGAUAACCACACAAUGCUCCUGUAGAGAGACAGUCUCUUUUCAGUGGAACAUCCUGAGAACAGCACUGAGUGAGUUUUUUCAGGAAUAAAGCAGUUGGCAUGGUUGUGAAUGUGAUAUAGAAGACUGUUCAGCAAGGUUAUUUCCAGUCAUAAAAUGGAACUGGGUAGACGAGAGGAAGACUGUAGCUUUGGCACCCGUUUUGUUUUCAUGUUUUUCUACCAUUAAGGUUUUCACUGCAUCCUCCCGUGCCAACGAGUGACUUAAACUCAAACAGUUGAAUGAACUCGGGCCCCAAAACCAGCUCUUCAAGCCAACGUUCAGUCACAAAGUCCCCUCCCAUUUUCUCUGUAACUGUAUUGCCUUUUAUAGAAUUGCUUUGUAUUGCAUUUUUCUGCUGCUCUGUAGAAUAUGGCUUGGAUUUAUUAUUGAGGCUAUAGAGAUAACAGUGUUUAUGAUCCAGGCUGAUAAAGAAGGAGGUCAUUAAAAUUCUUUCCCUGGCAAUCAUUUUUUAUGAGUAUUUUCAGUAGCUAGUUGAACAAUGACCUGUUAUAACCAAGGCUGACGUAAGUUUGGCGAGCGCUGGGAAAACACACUACAAAACACCGCUCGAACACAUUGUUUAUUUGAACGGCCAAUGUAAUGGUCCUGUUCGCCAGCCUCUCCCUCUCCUUCUCCAGUCUCCACUUAUCAGAUUUUUUCAUUUUGAGGCGGUAAUGUUGAUACAUGAAGCAUGAAAGAUCCUUCUUUGCUGAUUUCCUGUGGUAAUCACUCCAGGCCCGGUCAGGGACUGUAGGCGUCCAUUGUAGUCCACUGCUUACUCUCCUGACCACAGUCUUGUUCAUUAGGCACCAAACGGAAGCAAAUGGACUGAAACAGGGAGGGACUACCUGGACCUGUCCAAUAGAAAGCGCUAAUAUUUAAUUUUGUAUUGCAACGCGUUUAAUUUUUUUUAUCUGUGAUUCAGCCACAUGCCUCAGAUGAAAAGCCAGAUGGGCAGCAGUGACAUCAACCAGCGUUAAUGUUCAACCACAGAGUGAAUGCCUCAGUUCCACUCCCCACAUUACUUCUAAGAUGAGAACAGACUGCACCAAAAUAAGAGAAAAAUCAUCAUCAAUAUCAAGUUCCUGAAUAGGAAUCUUUUCCCUUGGUGGUUGAGCAACAGCUCAUAGAACAAAGAGGAUAUUUGUAUAAAGUGAUGACUAAACAAGCAUCCUGGUCUUGACAGUGUGUUUGUAAUGAGUGCUGUUUGCUGAUGAGAAUAUGAAAGCAUUCACAGUAAUAGGGACAUGUGGAGUUGUUUAACUGGAAUGAUGGCAUAAGGCUGAGCUUAUGGGGGGAGGUAAUAGACCAGCGUUUCCACGGGACCCCAAGGGGUGCACGUUUUGGUUUUUGCCCUAGUACUACACAUCUGAUUCCAAUAAUCAAAGCUUGAUGAUUAGUUGAUGAUUUGAAUCAGCUGUGUAGUGUUAGGGCAAAACGUGCACCUCUUGGGGUCUGCAGGACCGAGCUUGGGAAGUGCUGGUCUAGACUAGUAGAUCAUUGCUUUUCUUUCUGCUUGCUCUCCUAGUGAGAUGAUUCACAUAUCAGUGUUAUUAUUAUACUGGUAUACUGUGAGUAGAUGGGAGUUAGAGUAUGUACAGCAGUGGUGGCUGGUGACACUUUAAAUGGGGAGGACAGGCUCAUAAUAAUGGCUGUAACAGAAUUAAUGGAAUGGUCUCAAACACAUCUAACACCUGGUUUACAUGUGUUUGAUGCCAUUUCAUUCACUCCAUUCCAUUCAUUAUUAUGAGCCUUCCUCCCCUCACCAGCCUCCUCUGAUGUGCAGUAUCUACAGCACUUGAAUAAACAGAAGUAACAGAUGUUUGACGUUUGGUUUCCCUCAGCUCCAGACAGACGCAGAGAAACACUCGACCGCCGAGCGGAACUCUGUGUGGUCCGGCAGUGACAAGGUCAAGAGGUCAGACGGUGGCUCGGACAACGGGGUCAAAAUGGAGUCGGGCUCCAAGUAUUGCCGCCACCCCUCAGACAUGUCGGACGAGUCGGACAGGAGCUCCUCGGGCCACAAGACGCCCUCCAUGGCCCACACAGGCUCCUGGAGGCGGGGCAUGAGUGCCCAGGUGGGCGUAACCUCGCCCAGGACCAAGGCUCCCAUCACGCCAGGCUGUGCAACGCUGAAGACCCAUGUUACAGGUACGUUACAUACAGAGUAGAGACAGACGGAGCGUAGCAGCCACACUGUCUCUAUAUUGUUCUCUAUCAGUCUGAACUAUACUGAACAAAAAUAUAAACGCAACAUGUAAAGUGUUGAUCCCAUGUUUCAUGAGCUGAAAUAAAAGAUCCCAGAAAUGUUCCAUACGCACAAAAACGUAUUUCUCUAAACUUUUGUGCACAAAUGUGUUUACAUCCCUGUUAGUGAGCAUUUCUCCUUUGCCAAGAUAAUCCAUCCACCUGACAGGUGUGGCAUAUCAAGAAGCUGAUUAAACAGCAUGAUCAUUACACAGGUGCACCUUGUGCUGGGGACAAUAAAAGGCCACCCUAAAAUGUGCAGUUUUGUCACACAACACAAUGCCACAGAUGUCUCAAGUUUUGAGGGAGCAUGCAAUUGGCAUGCUGACUGCAGAAAUGUCCACCAGAGCUGUUGCUAGAGAAUUUGAAUGUUAAUUUCUCUACCAUAAGUCGCCUCCAACGUCGUUUUAGAGAAUUUGGCAGCCCAGGACCUCCACAUCCGGCUUCUUCACCUGCGGGAUCGUCUGAGACCAGCCACCCGGACAGAUUAUGAAAAUGUGGGUUUGCACAACCAAAGAAUUUCUGCACAAACUGAAACCAUCUCAGGGAAGCUCAUCUGCGUGCUCGUCGUCCUCACCAAGGUCUUGACCUGACUGCAGUUCGGCGUCGUAACUGACCCCAGUGGGCAAAUGCUCACCUUCGAUUGCCACUGGCACUCUGGAGAAGUGUGCUCUUCAUGGAUGAAUCCUGGUUUCAACUGUACCGGGCAGAUGGCAGACAGUGUGUAUAGCGUCGUGUGGGCGAGCGGUUUGCUGAUGUCAACGUUGUGAACAGAGUGCCCCAUGGUGGCGGUGUGGUUAUGGUAUGGGCAGCCAUAAGCUACAGACAAUGAACAUAAUUGCAUUUUAUUGAUGGCAAUUUGAAUGCAGAGAGAUACCGUGACUAGAUCCUGAGGCCCAUUGUUGUGCCAUUCAUCCGCCGCCAUCACCUCAUGAUUCAGCAUGAUAAUGCACGACCCCAUGUCGCAAGGAUCUGUACACUAUUCCUGGAAGCUGAAAAUGUCUCAGUUCUUCCAUGGCCUGCAUACUCACCCAUUGAACAUGUUUGGAAUGCUCUGGAUUGACGUGUACGACAGCAUGUGCCAGUUCCCGCCAAUAUCCAGCAACUUCGCACAUCCAUUGAAGAGGAGUGGGACAACAUUCCACAGGCCACAAUCAACAGCCUGAUCAACUUUAUGUGAAGGAGAUGUGUUGUGCUGCAUGAGGCAAAUUGUGGUCACACCAGAUACUGACUGGUUUUCUGAUCCACCACCUACCUUGUUUUUAAGUAUCUGUGACCAACAGAUGCAUAUCUAUAUUCCCAGUCAUGUGAAAUCUAUAGAUUAGGGCCUAAUGACUUUAUUUCAAUUGACUGAUUUCCUUAUAUCUCAGUAAAAUCUUUAAUAUUGUGCAUGUUGCGUUUAUAUUUUUGUUCAGUGUACAUGUGUUCCUGUAGCGUGUGAUGAGGCAGCCAGCAGUCAACUACAGAGACUUUGUAUCUGGUGGUCCAUGGUUGAUAGACUGUCAUGUCUCCACCCACAGGUAAAACGGACGACGCCAAGGUGUCUGAGAAGGGCCAACAUCAUCUCUCUCCACGGGCCAAGUGUAGCAUGCAGCGCUCCCCAUCAGACACGGGCCGCAGCAGUGGAGACGAGGCCAAGAAGCCCCCCUCCUCCAGCUCCAGCCGCACCCCCACCACCAACACCUUUGGCUUUAAGAAGCACGCAGGAGGAGGUAUGACCAUGGUGACAGCCAGCGGAGUCACCAUCACCAGCGGCUCCGCCACCCUGGGGAAGAUCCCCAAGUCAGUGCAGCUCCACGGGGGUCGGGGCCUUGGUCGCCAGGCCAGUGUGGAUGAUGGCUACCUACCUGUGAGCUCACACUCCACCCUGCAGUACCGCAGCCUCCCCCGGCCCAGCAGAGCCUUUGGCGGGGGUCGCAGCACAAACCGCUCCUCCAGCACCAGCAUCGACUCCAAUCUCAGUAGCAAGUCCAAUACGCUCCAUGGCCCCAAAAGCCGCAGCCAAGUCCCCAAGCCCAGCGCUGGUGGUAUCCCCCUCCCUGGCUCUGGAUCCAACCAGACAGACCGGGAGAAGGGGGUGUCCUCUGAUGCCAGUCCCAUAGCCCAUGGAGCCAGGCAACCAGGGGGAAAGUACCCAGACGUCUCCUCCCCUACCAUGCGCAGGUCAGCCCACCACCUCCAUACACCUAGCCCCAGCAAUCAGGCGCUGUCUCACACUAACAGUGGAUGAGUCUGAUAACUCCUUCCACCGGCCCUGAAAGCACUACCACACCAGCCUGCUUAUGUUUCCCACUGGGCAAAAACUGGUUGAAUCAAUGUUGUUUCCACGUCAUUUCAACCCAAAAAAGCUAUGUGAUGGCGUUGAAUCAACGUGGAAAACUAAUUGGAUUUGAAAAAGUAAUCAACGUAACUUUUUACCUAAAUCCAAUGACAUUACAUUUUUUGUUGAUUUCACAUUGCAUUCACAAUAGUUGACAACUCAACCAAAUGUCAAUCAAAACUAGAUGUUGAACUGACGUCUGUGCCCAGUGGGUUAUGUGACAUAUUCAGGCACACUGCAAACUGAUUUUAGUUGGGACAAUCAUCAUAUCAGCGUUAUAGUAACAUUAAAUAAAACUGAGAGCUAUUAUCAGGGUUUCAUUACGUUUUUUUGAAGUCUGCCCAUGAAUCGUGAGUGACUUAAAAGACUUGGCUUAUCACUAGGCCUCUCUUGAAAUAAUGACCCAUCAGUGGUCAUUAAAAGCAGGGUGACAGGGCCCAGACAGGGCCAGUGUUUUCUCUAGCUCAAACCCAGUACUGGGCUGCCUGGUGUUGCUUUAACUGAUGCUGCUUGGACUUAUCUGACUAAUCGCCUGAUGAGGUAAUGAGAAAAUAGAGCAGCUGUUUCCCCUCAGUGGUCUGAGAGUCUCCCUUCUCAUUUAACCCUUUCAUGUUGUCCAAGCUAAUAUGGCAUCUGUAGGACACGCUUUACAUCCUGCUUUAAUGUAAAUUACGUGUUGAUAAAAAGCCACGGUAGAAGAUUUAUGAUAGCUGCUCACACGGAAGGCCAAACCAGACCAGCGAAUCAGAGAGAUGGAUUUAUUUGUCUUGUAAUGAUGUGAUUAUAGCAUGAAGUAGGUAUUGUGUUCUCGUGGCGACGUUAUAAUGUGCAUUUGUUUCGCUUCUCUUUGCGUUAAGGAGUAUUUUAAUCAAAGAUUACUUCAACAAUUCCCUACUUAAACCCAUGUAAUACUUAACUCUCCUCUCACUCUUCUCCUCUGCUUCUCUCCCGUGCCAUCCAGACUGUUCGGAGGCAAGCAGGGCAAGCAGCAGGCCCCAGUCAUCACCGCAGAGAACAUGAAGAACUCCACCGUCAUCUCCAACCCCCACGCCAACUCUGGCCAGCAGGGCGUCGCUCUGGACUCCCCCUCGGCCAGUAGCGGGGGCAGUAGCCCUCUGUAUGGGGGUGGAGGUCGCCUGGGUGUGGAGGCCCACUCCCUCUCCCCCCUGGCCUCCAGUCCCAGCUCGGCCCUGUCCACCCCCUCCCACAGCCUGGCCUGGAGCAGCACCCUCAGCCCCGGCUACCCCUCCCUCAGCAGCCUUGCCACCAGCAGCGAGUCCAUUGACCUGUCUCUGGGCAGCGGAGGCCACGGACACCACGGCCCUGGUCACGACACACUGCCAGCCUGCGUCAGGAACAACGGCAUCAAAACUGGCUUCUCAGACAGGUAGGAGUGGGUUUGUUUUAGGAGCGGCCAGGUGUGGCGAUGUGUUUUAAUGUCGACUACAAGCUCUCCUCCCUUUUUUUCCCUUUGUAUCUCAACCUUGGAUCUGUUGUGUGCAUAAGGGUUCAGUCCAUUUCUAACAGAAGAGUUUGAGUGGCCAUAUUGAUGAUAAAGGAGAUGAUAGGAGACUGAUUCCUAGUUGUUGUUGUGAUGAAAGCAUGGAUUCUAUCUUGACUGUUGAUCUCUCUGUUUCCCCCUUCUCUCUGUGCUCCUCCUCUCUCUUUUGUUUACCCCUACCCCCUAACCCCCUAAACCACGAACCCCCUCCCUUCCCCCUAGCCUUAGCCCCCUCUCCUCUCCCUCAGCUAGUCCCAAAUUCAGCCGAAACACUUUACCCCGGAAACAGGACAGGUAAAAGUGUCUAUAUGGAGUUAGGCUUGCUUGAUGGUGAAACAGCUGCCUGUGUGUAGUGUACUGUGUUUGUGAAGUGAAGUGGCUGUUGGAUGUUAUUGCUGCCUGCAUCUCUUUCACAGCAUGCAUAGUGCCAUCUGCUGGCUACACUGGGAAGGACAGGGCUGGAGUCUGAAGCAUUAUCUUGAGAUGUACAUCGAAAAAUAUAGAACUAAGAAAGAUCACACCACAGCUGUGAAGUUUCUAUAGAUAUAUGUUAUCUGUAGCUGUGUCCUGUCUCUAUAUGUUUUGUCUACAUGUUCAGAAUGGCCACACACCUACCUCCACUAAACAUUAAUUGCCCCUAUGUUUAGGUUUUUGGCAAGGGCUGAACUCCCAAAAUACCUCACUGUAAGCCACCAUUUCCUUGAGCAGUUUACUCAGAAAAAAAUAUAUACAUACAAUAUAUACAGUGAGGGAAAAAAGUAUUUGAUCCCCUGCAGAUUUUGUACGUUUGCCCACUGACAAAGACAUGAUGAAAUGUCAAAUAAAGGUGAAAUAAAAAUAAAUAAAAUAAAAAUGAUCAGUCUAUAAUUUUAAUGGUAGGUUUAUUUGAACAGUGAGAGACAGAAUAACAACAAAAAAGUCCAGAAAAACGCAUGUCAAAAAUGUUAUGAAUUGAUUUGCAUUUUAAUGAGGGAAAUAAGUAUUUGACCCCUCUGCAAAACAUGACUUAGUACUUGGUGGCAAAACCCUUGUUGGCAAUCACAGAGGACAGACGUUUCUUGUAAUUGGCCACCAGGUUUGCACACAUCUCAGGAGGGAUUUUGUUCCACUCCUCUUUGCAGAUCUUCUCCAAGUCAUUAAGGUUUCGAGGCUGACGUUUGGCAACUCGGACCUUCAGCUCCCUCCACAGAUUUUCUAUGGGAUUAAGGUCUGGAGACUGGCUAGGCCACUCCAGGACCUUAAUGUGCUUCUUCUUGAGCCACUUUUUUGUUGCCUUGGCCGUGUGUUUUGGGUCAUUGUCAUGCUGGAAUACCCAUCCAUGACCCAUUUUCAAUGCCCUGGCUGAGGGAAGGAGGUUCUCACCCAAGAUUUGACUGGCCCCGUCCAUUGUCCCUUUGAUGCGGUGAAGUUGUCCUGUCCCCUUAGCAGAAAAACACCCCCAAAGCAUAAUGUUUCCACCUCCAUGUUUGACGGUGGGGAUGGUGUUCUUGGGGUCAUACAUUUUCAUAAAUGUAUAUGUGCUUUCUUGAGCAGGGGGACCUUGCAGGCGCUGCAGGAUUUCAGUCCUUCACUUCGUAGUCUGUUACCAAUUGUUUUCUUGGUGACUAUGGUCCCAGCUGCCUUGAGAUCAUUGACAAGAUCCUCCCGUGUAGUUCUGGGCUGAUUCCUCACCGUUCUCAUGAUCAUUGCAACUCCACGAGGGAGAUUGACAGUUCUUUUGUGUUUCUUCCAUUUGCGAAUAAUCGCACCAACUGUUGUCACCUUCUCACCAAGCUGCUUGGUGAUGGUCUUGUAGCUCAUUCCAGCCUUGUGUAGGUCUACAAUCUUGUCCCUGACAUCCUUGGAGAGCUCUUUGGUCUUGACCAUGGUGGAGAUUUUGGAAUCUGAUUGAUUGAUUGCUUCUGUGGACAGGUGUCUUUUAUACAGGUAACAAGCUGAGAUUAGGAGCACUCCCUUUAAGAGUGUACUCCUAAUCUCAGCUCGUUACCUGUAUAAAAGACACCUGGGAGCCAGAAAUCUUUCUGAUUGAGAGGGGGUCAAAUACUUAUUUCCCUAAUUAAAAUGCAAAUCAAUUUAUAACAUUUUUGACAUGCAUUUUCUGGUUUUUUUUGUUGUUAUUCUGUCUCUCACUGUUCAAAUAAACCUACCAUUAAAAUUAUAGACUGAUCAUUUCUUUGUCAGUGGGCAAACGGACAAAAUCAGCAGGGGAUCAAAUACUUUUUUCCCUCACAGUACCCGUCAAAAGUUUGGACACACCUAACUCAUUCAAGGGUUUUUCUUUAUUUUUACUAUUUUCUACAUUGUAGAAUAAUAGUGAAGACAUCAAAACUAUGAAAUAACACACAUGGAAUCAUGUAGUAACUAAAAAAGUAUUAAACAAAUUAGAUUUUUCAAAGUAGCCACCCUUUGCCUUAAUGACAGCUUUGCACACUCUUGGCAUUCUCUCAACCUCAGCCUAGGUUAUUAUCAUUAUCUGUCCAGAUUGUGACUUGCAGCAUUCACACAUAGAUGUAGAUGUGAGGUGGAUUUUCAGCAUCUCCUGUCAUCUCUCUGCAGGUACGGCCACCUCCCCCAGCAGCGUAUUCAUGACGACUCCCGGGACUGGCUGCGUUCCCACUCUGCAGGAGGUCUUCAGGAGUCUGCCGCCAGCUCACCCUUCUACCCCGCCUCCAGCCUCACCUCGCCCUCCGGAGCCCGCUUCAACUUCUCCCAGCUUAGUAGGUGUAUCCUCAACCCUCUCUACUCAUCACUUUGAUUAGCACUGUAGGAGCAGUGAUAGUCAUCUCUGCACAAUGAACUAAAUCUUGUGUGUAUGCUGGCUUAAUGUUUCGUCUCUCUCAAGAGACUACUCUGAUAGUAGUGAUGAUGUAAGGAAAAGUAGUAGGGAUUAUAUUUAUUAUGUUGUAUUUCACUCUUACUUUCCACUAUGAGUGAAGAGUAACAGACAAACGGCAAACAUAUCUGAUCAAUGCCGUCUGUCCAUGUCUGUAUUUAAGAUAUUAUUUUACCGUUGUUAUGUAAUGGCUGUGUCAUUACAGGCAGCCCUACCACGGCGGCACAGAUCAACCUGGCCAACCUCCGCAGCGGCUUGGCCAAUCAGGACGGGUCGUAUGACCCGUACAGUGACCCCCGUCUGAGGAACUCGUCCAUGUCUCUGGAGGAGAAGAGUCGCACCAUGAGUAGCUCUGGGUCCUUCAGAGAAGGCCUGGAGGAGGGUAAGACACACUGACAUACCCCUCCGUCUAUUUGCUUUCACACAGAGCCUCAGAGAAAUUGAGAGCUUGGGACUAUAAGGUUCUAUCUGCAUUUUUGUCAAAAAACAAAUCUUGACAUAGCCUUGUUCUGUUCAAUGUUCUCUAGCUACAGUGCCUUCGGAAAGUAUUCAGACCCCUGGACUUUUUCCACAUUUUGUUAGGUUACAGUCUUAUUCUAAAAUGUAUUACAUAGUUUUUUCCCCUCAUCAAUCUACAGACAAUACCCCAUAAUGACAAAGCAAAAACAGGUUAAAAAUAUAUAAAAUACAAAAACGGAAAUAUCACAUUUACAUAAGUAUUCAGACCCUUUACUCUGUACUUUGUUGAAGCACCUUUGGCAGCGAUUACAGCCUCAAGUCUUCUUGGGUAUGACGCUACAAGCUUGGCACACCUGUAUUUGGGGAGUUUCUCCCAUUCUUCUCUGCAGAUCCUCUCAAGCUCUGUCAGGUUGGAUGGGGAGCGUUGCUGCACAGCUAUUUUCAGGUCUCUCCAGAGAUGUUAGAUCGGGUUCAAGUCCGGGCUCUGGCUGGGCCACUCAAGGACAUUCAGAAACUUGUCCCGAAGCCACUCCUGCGUUGUCUUGGCAGUGUGCUUUGGGUCGUUGUCCUGUUGGAUGGUGAACCUACGCCCCAGUCUGAGGUCUUGAGUGCUCUGGAGCAGGUUUUCAUCAAGGAUCUCUCUGUACUUUGCUCCGUUCAUCUUUCCCCUCGAUCCUGACUAGUCUCACAGUCCCUGCCGCUGAAAAACAUUCUCACAGUAUAAUGCUGCCACCACCAUGCUUCACUGUAGGGAUGGUGCCAGGUUUCCUCCAGACGUGACGCUUGGCAGUCAGGCCAAAGAGUUCAAUCUAGGUUUCAUCAGACCAGAUAAUCUUGUUUCUCAUGGUCUGAGAGUUUUUAGGUGCCUUUUGGCAAACUCCAAAUGGGCUGGCAUGUGCCUUUUACUGAGGAGUGGCUUCCGUCUGGCCACUCUACCAUAAAGGCCUGAUUGGUGGAGUGCUGCAGACAUGGUUGUCCUUCUGGAAGGUUCUCCCAUCUGCACAGAGGAACUCUAGAGCUCUGUCAGAGUGACCAUCGGGUUCUUGGUCACCUCCCUGACCAAGGCCCUUCUCCCCCGAUUGCUCAGUUUGGCCGGGCAGCCAGCUCUAGGAGUCUUGGUGGUUCCAAACUUCUUCCAUUUAACAAUGAUGGAGGACACUGUGUUCUUGGGGACCUUCAAUGCUGCAGACAUUUUUUGCUACCCUUCCCCAGAUCUGUGCUUCGACACAAUUCUGUGUCUGAGCUCUACGGACAAUUCCUUCGACCUCAUGGCUUGGUUUUUGCUCUGACAUGCACUGUCAACUGUGGGACCUUAUAUAGACAGGUGUGUGCUUUUCCAAAUCAUGUCCAAUCAAUUGAAUUUACCACAGGUGGACUCCAAUCAAGUUGUAGAAACAUCUCAAGGAUGAUCAAUGGAAACAGGAUGCACCUGAGCUCAAUUUCGAGUCUCAUAGCAAAGGGUCUGAAUACGUCUGUAAAUAAGGUAUUUCAGUUUUUUAUUUUUUAUAAAUUUGCAAACGUUUCUAAAAACCUGUUUACGCUUUGUCAUUAAGGGGUAUUGUGUGUAGAUUGCUGAGGAUUUUUUUAAUUUAAUCAAUUUUAGAAUAACAAAAUGCGGAAAAACUAAAGGGGUCUGAAUACUUUUCCGAAGGCAAGUCAUGUUGUUAAGUUAAAAACAAUACAAUAUAAAAAUCGCUGACACCAUUCAAACCAAGAAUCAUAUUUUUGCAGAUUGAACCUUAUCUUCCCAAAUUCUUGAAAUGCAGGUACAUGUAUUGCUUUGUUAGAUGAUUUCCACUCCACAUGCCUGUGUGAACUUCCAUUUGACUUCUGAAUGGAUUAUAAUUCCUUUAAAAAAUCAAGCCGUGCUUGCAGAUUGUUGUUAACUAAGAGGGUUUUUUGAAAGCCUUAAUUCUUAACAGGGCACUAGUGAAAUAUAUACUUUUCUUUUUACAAAAGUAAUUUUUAUUGAAUCCAUACACUUUUUCAGCCAACCAUUUAAAUCACUAGUGAAGUCAUUCAUUACCUUUAUUAUUUCAGUCUUUCCACACGUCUACAGUUGAAUUGGGAAAUACAAAGAAGCAGUUUGUUUGAUGUACGUACAUAGACUGAGGUUUGAUGAUUGACUACACUUCUUUAGCUGAAUGGCUUGGUGCUCUUGUGGCUUAUUACUUGUCCCGAGGCUCUCUCUUUAACUGAUCCCUCUAUGAUGCCAGUUUCUUGGCUGGUGUUGGCUGUUGAUUUGUUCGUGUCCAAGGGCGAGUCUCAGAGUCAUGUUGAGCUGUGGUGUUGUGGCAUGCAGGCCAAGGUUAGGAGGAGCAGUAGAAGAAGGAGGACAAAGACUGAUAAAUAUCUCCUCUCCUCUCCCGUCGCAGAUAGACAGCUGACUCAACACCAGCUCUACAGACCCACCCUCUUCCCAGACAGGCGCAGAGCACAAGGCCCUGUUUGAUGGCACCCCAGUGUAUACUUUUCUACUUUAGAUCACAGGUGAUAGAGUAAACCUGGUAAAAUCCCUGCUCUAGUCACAGUAUACGUACAUGUAUAUUUACUUCUAUUAGGACUCCUAAAGAUAUGUUUCAGAAAAGACAAACAUCCAUUCCCAACUUGAAAAACGAAUCAAACAUCCUAGCAUGUAAAUGUGUAAUCUGGGAUAUGUACUGCAGUUCAAUGGUCAUUUCAAAGAAUGAUACAGGUAACUGCCAAAAUAAUGGAAACACUUGAUAAAUGAGGGAUUCAAAGUAUAUUGAAAGCAGGUACUUCCACACAGGUGUGGAAUUAACAUUAACCAGUUGCCUAUUAUUUUGGCUACCAUGGCUAGAAGAAGAGAUCUCAGUGACAUUGAAAGAGGGGUGAUUGUUGGGGCAUGUUUGGCAGAAGCUUCAGUGACAAAGCCUGCUCAACUUGCUGAUGUUUCACGAUAUGCCAUUGCCGUCUCAGUCACCAGAUAUCAAUCCUAUUGAACAAUUAUGGGAUAUUCUGGCGCGGCGCUUGAGACAGCGUUUUCCACCAAUACAAACAAAACACCAAAUGAUGGAAUUUCUUGUGGAAGAAUGGUGUCUCAUUCCCCACCAUCCAUCCACACACGUCAAUGAACUCUGUGACACUUGAAUCAGUCUGGAGAACACACUCAGGGCCCUGGAUAAUUGGGGCUUGUUUGUACAAAGGCUUCGUAAGCAGCUAAGCAUUUAGUUAAGUUUGGCACAUCCCCCUGCUGUCGUUUUAGUCCUGCAGUGAUAUUGUGGUUCCAUUACAUUAUGAUGAAUGAAGAGAGAGAGGCUGUGUUAUUGUUAUGGCAUUGACAGUACUCACUAGAGAAUAUGUAAGGGAUAAUCAACUAGGCCUAUGCGUUCUAUGGAAAAUAAUGAAUGACAUGGAAGGUGUGUUCCAUGACGCGCUAGCAGAGUGGAGCUGACCUUCCACGAAAUGUGUUCAUUUGCAGGUAGAAAUGUGUUCAACAUCCACUGAAGUAGCUAGCAAGUUUACUAGAUAGCUAGCUACAGUAGUUACCUUGGUAACCAAGCAAACAGACUUGCUAGUUUAGCUAACCAAACCAUCAGUCUUAGCUUACUAUUAUGGAAAUUGAAUUCAACAAUGACAAUAAUGUUUUCAAUUCAACUUUUGCUUUCAAAAGCAGCUCAAACAUAGAACAUGUAAGAAUGAACUACAGCCAUUGAAUUCUACCAUGCUCGUAUACCGUGCGUUAUAGGGAAAUAAUCCACGCUCUAGAAUGCCCUUCAAGCCAAUCAGAAACGAGUAUUCAACAAUGCCAUGGUAUAAUGAUGAGGCUGAUGACUGCUGGUAAAGUGUGAAUGCAUCAUACAGUAUGUCUCACAAGGGAGAUUUUGAGUUUGGACAUGUGAACUGUAGAGUUAGCCAGACUUUGGUGCUGUUGUGUGGGUGUCAACCAUAUCAGCACAAUUAAAGCGUAGGCUACAAAGUAAACUAGUUGCAGUAAUAGCGCCAUUCACUCACUCACUGUAGCUCAGCUGGUAGAGCACGGCGCUUGUAACGCCAAGGUAGUGGGUUCGAUCCCCGGGACCACCCAUACACAAAAAAAUGUAUGCACGCAUGACUGUAAGUCGCUUUGGAUAAAAGCGUCUGCUAAAUGGCAUAUUAUUAUUAUUAUUAUUACAAUCACUCACUCACACACUCACACUCACACACACACACACACACACACACACACACACACACACACACACACACACACACACACACACACACACACACACCUAGUACAGCACCUCUGUUGUAAACGUUCAGUCAGGGGACCUGUUCAUGCAUGUUCCUGUUUCAUCAGGUUGAGAUGAAUCACUGCUUACAUGAAUCAUAUACCCACCACUGGGCACACACUGGUUGAAUCAUAGUUGUUUCUAUUCCACCAACAUGGAAUAGAUGUUGAAUUGACGUCUGUGCCCAGUGGACCAUGAAUGAGUUGAACGUUGUGUUUUUGUUUCUCUCCAGUCCAUGGCUCCUCUGUGUCUCUGGUGUCCAGCACUUCCUCUGUCUACUCCACGGUGAGCGCCACUUUGCUGUCUGUCUAUGCACUCCACCGACUAUCCAAACACAUAGCACGUAUGGCAAUAAGCUUAGGGCUGGUUUCCCAGACACAGAUUAAGCCUAGUCCUGGGCUAAAAAGUUAUUUUCAUUGCGAUUCUUCAUUGAGCAUGCUUUUUAGUUUAGGACUAGGGUUAAUCUGGUUUCCACUAGCUUCCAUAGCCACAAAGUCAGAUUUCCCAGCCAAAAAGUACAAAUUGGCUAAAUUAUUUUGCUUUUUGGUCUAAAUUUAAGGUUACACUCUUAGAAAAAAGGGUUCCAAAAGGGUUCUUCGGCUGUCCCCAUAGGAUAACCCUUCUUGGUUCCAGAUAGAACCCCUUUUGGUUCCAGGUAUAACUCUUUUGGGUUCCAUGUAGAACCCUCUGUGUAAAGGGUUCUACAUGGAACUCAAAAGGGAUCUACCUGGAACCAAAAAGGGUUCUUCAAGAACCCUUUUAGGUUCUAGAUAGUGUAGAGUUAGGCAUAAGGUUAACAGUGUGGUUAAGGUUAUGUCUGAAUUGACUGCUGAAUUGCAUUGCUAGUUAACUGUGCUCAUGUGAAUCCCUGUAGCCUUAGGUGGAAACUGAAUAUGUUCAGAUUGUUUGUCAUGUUGUCUUAUCCCAUGCAUACUCUGACAUAAUAAUAAUAAUAAUAAUAUGCCAUUUAGCAGACGCUUUUAUCCAAAGCGACUUACAGUCAUGCGUGCAUACAUUUUUUUUGUGUAUGGGUGGUCCCGGGGAUCGAACCCACUACCUUGGCGUUACAAGCGCCGUGCUCUACCAGCUGAGCUACAGAGGACCAAACCCUAAACCCUAUUUAUUUUCUUCUCUUUGCUCCUCUUCUAUUUUUCAUAGCCUGAGGAGAAAGCUCAGUCAGAGGUAAGAACAACUUUGUGUACUUUACUUUCACACGUGACACCAUUGAUUUGUAUCAUAGCCUUUUGUGAUUUGUACCAUAUUACACCAUAUUGUGACCUGAUUACCAGGGCCGGACUACCGCAUUUGGGGCCCGGGGCACUGACCUUCGGGGGCCCUACACCCCCCAAUAUAUUUUUAUUUAUUUACUGCAUUUCAACACAUUUUGCCAUGGUGCAGAGAGAAAAAUGUACAGUUUUAAAGCAAAUGUCCUGCUAUUCCAUACAUUUUGCCAUGAGGCUGAGAUAAGAUUUUACAGUUUUAAAGUUCAUUUCCUGCAAUUCUAAACAUUUUUCUAUCAUAUGCUAUCUGAUUUAUUUUUAUUUUUGGGGGGGUUGGGGGCCCCCGUAGCAGUAUAACCAUUUAUGAGCCCUGAAGUUGUUUGAGUAAUACAAAGGCUUCGUAAGCAGCUGACCCAGCUGACCCUUUGGAGCAACUAAAUCCCUAUCAUUCUUACUCAAAAUACUCUGUUUUAUUCAAUGGAAUACAUACUACUGUAUCAUAUAUGGUAUGUAUGGUAUUUCCUGUUGAUAAGCAUGAUCUUGUUUUUCUGUUCUCAGAUUCGUAAGCUGCGGAGAGAAUUGGACGCCUCCCAAGAGAAGGUGUCUGCUCUGACCACUCAAAUUAGUGCUAAUGUAAGUACGAUGGCAAAUGGUUACUAUGCUAUGCACUGUGGCUAUCAUUGUUAUGCUACGCUGGUAGUAACUAUGUAAUGCCUUGGUUAUGCUCAAUGGAACAAAUUCGUAUUAGUGUUGCAUAUUACUAGCAUUUAUAUCUAGAAGUCAAAGUGUUCCAGCAAUGCGGCUGGUGUUUUUGUUUACCUUUGCAUGGCUGCCUAAAGCACAUUGAACAUGACACUGUGUAAUGGUCUGAGAGGGAAGCAGGCGUUUAACCCCAUUAUCUAUUCCAUCUGCUCUCUGAAUGCAAACAAACACGAUGGCCCAGCAGUAACGGCGUAAUGAAAUGGCCCGCAUCCACACUGGUCAUGGCCCGCAUCCACACUGGUCAUGUGAUCUCACAACAGAGAUUUCACAACAAAGCAGGUUGGAGGUUCCUGCAGCUGUGGAGGCUUGGUGUGGAGUUUGAAGGCUGUAGCCACCUGUAAGAGCACUCGCGUUAGACUGCUAGAGGAUGGCCUGAGCCCCUGGCCUGGCCCUACAAGCCCUGCAAGACAGACCUGCACUAGGACCUGACUGACUGACUGACUGAAUGACUGACAGUGUGGCUGACUUACCAAGAAUAGACGGGUUGGCUGACAACGUCACGAAAACGCACCAAUGUAGCCGGAAGGUGUGCGUUGUUAUAAUUCUGAACGGUCAGAUCGCUAGCAACAAUCACAAGAAGCUGCCAUGUGGGGAAUCGUAGGUGGCUCGUUUCAGCUUGUUUUAUCUUCUUAUCCAUACCAUGUCUUGUUUUGAGGUGUUUUGACUGAGGUCAUGUCAAUGCUAAUAUGUCAAAGAUUUGCAAGCUAGCUAACCAACAACUCUAACAAUGUAUUUGAGAGACAACAAGUGCUCAUUGUGCAAAUGUAUUUACAGUAUGUUUUCAAUAAACAUUUGGAGAUGAAAUAUUUAGUGCAUUCGGAAAGUAUUCAGAGCCCUUCACUUUUUCCACAUUUUGUUACGUUACAGCCUUAUUCUAAAAUUGAUUUUAAAAAAAAUAUCUCUCAUCAAUCUACACACAAUACCCCAUAAUGACAAAGUGAAAACAGGUUUUUAGAAAUGUUUGCGCAUUUAUUAAAAAUAGAAAAAACAGAAAUAUCUUAUUUACAUAAGUAUUCAGACCCUUUGCUAUGAGACUUGAAAUUGAGAUGUUUCUACAACUAGAUUGGAGUCCACCUGUGGUAAGUUCAUUGAUUGGACAUGCUUUGGAAAGGCACACACCUGUCUAUAUAAGGUCCCACAAUUGACAGUGCAUGUCAGAGCAAAAACCAACCAUGAGGUCGAAGGAAUUGUCCGUAGAGCUCCGAAACAGGAUUGUGUUGAGGCACAGAUCUGGGGAAGGGUAAGAAAAAAUGUCUGCAGCAUUGAAGGUCCCCAAGAACACAGUGGCCUCCAUCAUUCUUAAAUGGAAGAAGUUUGGAACCACCAAGACCCUUCCUAGAGCUGGCCGCCCGGCCAAACUGAGCAAUCGGGGGAGAAGGGCCUUGGUCAGGGAGGUGACCAAGAACCCAAUGGUCACUGUGACAGAGCUCCAGAGUUCCUCUCUGGAGAUGGGAGAACCUUACAGAAGGACAACCAACUCUGCAGCACUCCACUAAUCAGGCCUUUAUGGUAGAGUGGCCAGACGGAAGCCACUCCUCAGUAAAAGACACAUGACAGCACGCUUGGAGUAUGCCAAAAGGCACCUAAAGGACUCUCAGACCAUGAGAAACAAGAUUCUCUGGUCUGAUGGAACCAAGAUUGAACUCUUUGUCCUGACUGCCAAGCGUCACGUCUGGAGGAAACCUUGCACCAUCCCUACGGUGAAGCAUGGUGAUGGCAGCAUCAUGCUGUGGGGAUGUUUUUCAGCGGCAGGGACUGCGAGACUAGUCAGGAUCGAGGGGAAAGAUGAACGGAGCAAAGUACAGAGAGAUCCUUGAUGAAAACCUGCUCCAGAGUGCUCAGAACCUCAGACUGGAGCGAAGGUUCACCUUCCAACAGGACAACGACCCUAAGCCCACAGCCAAGACAAUGCAGGAGUGGCUUCGGGACAAGUCUCUGAAUGUCCUUGAGUGACCCAGCCAGAUCCCGGACUUGAACCCAAUCGAACAUCUCUGGAGAGACCUGAAAAUAGCUGUGCAGCGACGCUCCCCAUACAACCUGACAGAGAUUGAGAGGAUCUGCGGAGAAUGGGAGAAACUCCUCAAAUACAGGUGUGCCAAGCUUGUAGCGUCAUACCAAAGAAGACUCAAGGUUGUAAUCGCUGCCAAAGGUGCUUCAACAAAGUACUGAGUAAAGGGUCUGAAUACUUAUGUAAAUGUGAUAUUUACAUUUUCUUUUUUUCAUAUACAUUUGCAAAAACUUCUAAAAACCUGUUUUUGCUUUGUCAUUAUGGGGUGUUGUGUGUAGAUGUAUGAGGGGAGAAAAAACAAUUUAAUCCAUUUUAGAUAAAGGCUGUAACGUAACCAAAUGUGGAAAAAGUCAAGGGGUCUGUAUACUUUCCGAAUGCACCGUAGUUUACAUGUUGUCAACAAUCUAAGCCAACCCUGUCUGUUUUGCCCGAUAGUUGCACACAAGUCAGUUUUGUUGCUAAACAACCAACCCGUCUAUACUCCUGGAGCUAAUCUGUGAAGCUUGAUAGUGGAGCAGUCAGUCAGCCACAUGCCCCAACACCAGCACCUCUGUCUGAUGGAAGCCCUCCAGAUCUGUUCCCCGCAUUCUCUUCUGCCUUCAGCUCAUGUUCCGUGGAGGACGGGCUCUGGGCUGUGAUAGGAAUCAGGACGUGUUUACUCAUACCUCCGUGUGAUGAUCAGAAGAACAGAAGCUAUCAGUCUUCAGCGUCUGUCUGCUAUCGGACUCAUACUUUAUCAAAGGCAAACUGGUCCCUGGCUGGGCUGGAUCACCUUGAGCUGAGGAGCUUUAACCAUGUCAGCGAGAAGUCCCAGUCCCGGGGCCAGCAGCCCGGUGACGGUGACGUGGUAUACCCUGAACCACUACCCAUCCCUGCGGACGGAGGCAGCCAGAGAGAGGGCCAGACGCCAACUGCAGCCCAGGCUGAGUCGCCACCAGGGGGACAGCAACACACAGCAGGGCCUCACUGAGGUGGGAUCUGAUUGGCACCUUUGGCUAGCAGUAUAGGUAAUAAUACAUGGCUGAGUUGUGGGCUGUAACUAGAGGUUGGAGUUCAGUGUGUCUGUCUGUCCUAGAUAUGUUUUAUCAGAGGACACACUCGUCUCUGUUGCCUUUAUCUUGAUGUUCUGCUUUUGUUUUGACUGGAAAGCUGUUAGUUAUCAACUACCAGGAACUUCAUUUUUGAUUUCAUGUUUGAUUUCAAAAAGUAUGCAUGCUUUGCUUUUUCUGUGGAAUGUAAAUCAAUUGCUCUAAUUAUUUUCUUUGUAAAGCAUAUCAACAACAGCAAUGCAUAAGAUAAUGUGUCAUAUCUGAAACCCACCACGGCUUUUGAAAUCCAAACACCUGUGGUGUGUAAUGUUUGGAUUUAUCUUCUAAAACACAAGCCAUCCAUUGAUUUCAUGUAUUUGAAGUGGUUUCUUUGGAUGUCUAUUAUAGCCAAACAGACUGCAUACUGAGCCAGUCUACAAUCUCUUUGUACAUCUUCAUCAUAUUCCCAACUGUGACAGUGAUGAGAGUCAACGUGUAAUUUGAUAACAAGCAUGUUUCUAUCAUACCUGUAUUUCUACAAAAUAUAACAGAUACUGGUGAUUAUUUUACUCUGCAUAUGAGAAGAAAACAUCCUAACUGUAUUCCUCUUUUUCCUUUGUCCCCAUGUGCUCAUCUGUGGCUGUGAGAAGAUAGCAGGUCUCUGGUUUCACUAAGGCAGCUGAUAGCUAGCUAGAGUGUGUUAGGACUUGUGUUGGCCUCAUGUUGAUCUCUACUAGGCUGCUAAACCAUGGAACCCUGCCCAGACAGCUACUGUAGCUAGCUAGUCGUCAGAGAGCCUGCCCCAUCACCCUUUAUAUCAGCAUGGAUCCAUUGCCAACAUGUACUGACCAUGUGGAGCAACUCAAUCCCUGUCAUUCUUACUCAAAAUACUUGAUGUACACCAUGACACAGAAGCCAUUAUCACCUGUGUAUGUUUUGGCUCUGUGUAUGCAUGUCGUGGAAAGUAUGUGGGUGUGUUCUUAUGAGCAAUACUUUUUCAGAAAACUGCAGUUUGUUGCCCAUUUCACAGCCUUGAGUUGGGAUUACAAAUAACAUUGUCAGCAGGACAAUUUGCUAACUUUCCUCAUACAUUAAUCACUAAAUGUGUCCUGUUGUGUGUAUGUCUUCAGGCUCACCUGGUUGCAGCAUUUGAGCAGAGCUUGCGGAACAUGACCAUCCGACUCCAGGGACUUACCACCACGGCUGAGCAGAAGGUAAGGACUGGGGCUGUGGUCUGUUUCCUUAGAAAUAUGUCUGUCCUUCCUUGGAUGGAUGGUGAAGCUAAUUGUGUUGUUUUAUCAUGUUGUUGUGUUGUAGGACUCUGAGCUGAACGAGCUGAGGAAGACCAUAGAACACCUGAAGAAGCAGAAUACCGUAGCCCAGUCAGACAUCAAUGGUGUCAUCAAUCUCCCAGAGCCCACCAGCAAAGGUGAUAGGUCAGGUGAGAAGUUACCUCCCACAUCACAAUGGAAACACAAUAAGGGUGGAUGGCUAUUGGCUAGUGAGGAGAAAGGCAUCUGACGCAGAAUCUGAAUCGAUUCCAAUUCAAUGUCAUCGUCUGGUCCCUGUCUCACCCAGUCUCUCUCUUGUGUAUCCCAUAGCUUCAGCCAAUGAGAGCUCCCAGUCUCAGCCGGACCUGCGUAUCCACAGACAGCACUCAUCUGACAGUGUGUCCAGCAUCACCAGCGCCACCAGCCACUCCAGUGUGGGCAGCAAUCAGGAGCUGGACGCCAAGAACAAGAAGAAGAAGAAGAACUGGGUAGGUCCUCCACUCUCUGUCUGUCUAUCUAGCUGGCUGGCUAGCUGUCUGUCUGUCGCUCUGUGUGUCUGUCGGUCUGUCUAAUCUGUAAUGUGUUUUUGCCCUUUCCUCCACUCCUGAUUGUCUUAGCCUCCUUGUGCAGGAGCAAAGGUGAAUAUGCGUAUUGCUCUUAGUGAGCUCCUCUAGAAACUAGACUGUGAGUGGAGAAUUUUGAGGCGUUCUCUUAUUGCACACGACAAACCGCAAACAAACUGCAAAAAGGUUUGUCAUCUGUAGUCUGUUAUAGUUAGAUACAAGCUUUGGUCAAUAUACUCAUGCAUGUUUUUGCCUGUAGAAAAGGCAUAUGUGUGUAUAUACUAGUUCAACACUGCCUGUAAUCUAUGAAGUCAAAUUAAAAUGUCUGUGUGUUCUUUUGUCCUGAUAUAAUAAUGCUGUUGCGUGUGUUGGAGGGAAGGUGAAAGAUGACUAUGUACGUAGACUGUCCACAGUGAUGAUACUUAUACACAUGUACUAUCUUCAUUUGAACAGUUUCUCACAGCAGUAAAAUAAUCCUGCAGCAACAGGAAAUGUGAAUUAUUAUGUGGAUUAUAAUUCAUGGACAUUUUUGUAGGGAUUGAUACAUGUUGUGUUAGGAUAAAUCAAGUCUGAUAUUUUAAAGUGGAAAUUACAAACUUUAGAAGCCUUUUUAAACCUUUUUAAAGGAAAAUGAUCUGCAAUAACAGUGUGAUAAAAUUAAGAUAGGACAUCUGUAGCUAUGGAGUACCUGACUAUUUGACCACAAGGGGCCAGACGGCUUCUGAGUUUAAAUAUCUAAAUCUGCCUUUUAGUGGUUGAGUAGUCAUGUCAAUUAGUGAGAAGUUGUCAAAGUGAUAUCUAAUCCUCUCUAAUAGCCUGGUGUUCAUUCCCUGUGUGUAGCUGUGAGUUUUUCGUUUGUAUUCAGUCUCUUUAGUGAGCUACCUUGUGUACAGCCUAUUCUCUGUCCCUGAAACCUGUACACAGUCUUGGAUUAUUUCUGUGUCAAUACAAAACUAAUCCACCCUACCUCUAUUGUGUCUCUGAGCUAAAAGUUUAAAUUGUCUAUGAUCCGCAUGCUGUUUUGUCUUGUAUUUUCCCUCUUGUGCUCUCCUAUGGUGUGGCAGGUUUAUGAGGUAAGAUCAAACACUCUUCCCAUACAUUAUUAUUGCUUGAUCAGAUAGAGACGGUGAAAGAGUAGAAGUUUAUAAAUGCUUUUUUCUCCUCGACUCCCUGAUGUGUCUGUGUGUUUCACUAUGUACUCAAGUCUUUCACUUUUCUUCACUGCUCCCUGUUCCUCCCCCUGUCCCCGGCUGCAGCUGCGGAGCUCCUUCAAGCAGGCAUUUGGGAAGAAGAAGUCGUCCAACUCUGCGUCCUCCCACUCUGACAUCGAGGAGAUGACCGACUGUUCCCUGCCCUUCUCCCCCAAGCUAUCAGCAUAUAACGGCUCCACCGCCUCCACACCCAUGCUCCAGAACUCCCACUCCAACUCUCUGUGAGUACCUGGGCCCAGACCAAUAGACCAUUAGACGCUCACCUGUUUAUAACUGGGAGGAGAUAGUGGAUCAUAAUGGAGGCUCCCUGUUCCCUCAACUCAGGGGUUGGGAGUCAACUCAGGGGUCGGGAGUCAACUCAGGGUUCAGGAGGAUCACAUGACCAUAUUAAUGAUUACAACUGACUCCCAUAGUGUCUGAUACAGCUAUUUUAACAGGUUUAUAUAUACUAUAGAAGUCUAUAUGUACAGUGUAUAUAUAUAUAUCCCAGUACCCGAUAUAUCCCAAUACCCCAUAUUCCAGUACCCCAUAUAUCCCAGUACCUCAUAUAAACCAGUACCCCAUAUAUCCCAGUACCCCAUAUAUACCAGUACCCCAUAUAUACCAGUACCCCAUAUAUCCCAGUACCCCAUAUAUACCAGUACCCCAUAUAACCCAGUACCCCAUAUAACCCAGUACCCCAUAUAUACCAGUACCCCAUAUAUACCAGUACCACAAGCAUAGCUGUGUGUGUGUGAUCAUUAGAGACUGCAUGGCCUCAUUGUUUUAGUCGCUAGUUGAAUGUUUGUAUUGAACCUGUUCCUCUCUUAUCCAUCUGUCUCUGUGUGUCUCUAGCCCCAUUCUCUCUCCCCUGCCUGUUAGUAGGCGUGGCUGCGGCGGUAGCACUGGGGUGUUGAGGACUGGGUCUCUGGCUCGGUAAUAGAGUAUGAAUAACGUCUGAAUAACCCGCAUUCACUUUAUGAUUAAUUCUGAUGAUGGAUAAUCCUAACAAAUAUCCUUGAUGCACCAAGUGGUUAUCUAACCAAUUAAUCUCAACUUCAUCACUCGUGCCUGUUGUACUAUUGAAACUGGAAUGUUGAGCCAAUCACACACAUCCUUUACAGGACCUUGAUCUUGUCCUGUUUACUAUUGCCUGAACCCCUAUCUACAACACAGUGAUUCAGUGCCUCUGGAUUAACUUGGAAUAAGCGACAAUAAUUUUUGGCAGUGACAAAACAUGUACUUGUACAGCAUGUUACUGAGCUUUUGAUCAUUGUAUGAAAAUGAUAAUUGUCUGAUAAUUGUCUGCAAGAGAAUAUGCUUCAUGGGAUUUUCUGGGGAUGUGCUCUUGAGGACUGGCCUUCUGUAUAACCCUGAACUGACCAGACUGUCUAUGUCUCGUCUGCAGGAUCUCAGAGUACACAGACAGUGAGGCGGAGAAGGUGAUGGCGCUCCACAGUGAGCUCCGAGACAAGGAGAUGAAGCUGACUGACAUACGCCUGGAGGCCCUCAGCUCUGCCCACCAGCUGGAUCAGCUCAGGGAGUCCAUGAACCACAUGCAGGUGAGGGUGACCGCAAUGUAACCACAUAUGACGAUAUGACCAAUGACAUAGGACAUGAUGAGGGCCUGGAGGUUUCCCUGACCUUGUGACCUGGCAUUUUCCUGGUCAAGGUUUGCAUGGUCAAGGGAAAACUCCACACCCUAGAAAUGACCACUCAAACAUUGUCCAUCACAAAGCACAUCAAAUACACAGUGGUAAGAUGCUUUGAGCUGUGUUUGACCUGGUAUGUUCUAAUUUGUCAUCAGGGCGAGAUAGAGAGGCUGAAGACCGAGAACGACCGUCUGAAGAUGGAGAGUCAGGGCAGCUGCAGCAGAGCAGCCUCACAGGCCUCAGUGGCCUCACCCUCAGCAGGCCAGUCAAAGCACGGCCUUGCCCUAACAGAGUCCACCAGCCUCGGUAAGAGUGAGUGUGUGAGUAAGUGAUCGAGGUGUGUGUGUGUGUGUGUGUGUGAUUGUUUGAAGUCCGGUCUGCAGUAGUCAACAUCUAUGUCCCUGUCUCUGUAGACAUGCUGUUGGAGGACAACGGGGACGGUAGCUCACGGAAAGAAGGACGACAUGUCAAGGUGGUCGUAACUCUGGAUGAGGAUACCAAGUGGAAAGAGGUACGAAACUUCUUACAUUUCCAACUCUCCAAAAAUUACAAUGGCUACCAAAUAAUGUAUGACUGUGCCCAUAUUUGUCCUUAAUAUCAUAUCUUAUUUUAUAGGAGUGUAAACCUCGUCAGUUCCUAAUUGGUUGCAUUGGUGUCAGUGGGAAAACCAAAUGGGAUGUGCUGGAUGGGGUGGUCAGACGUCUCUUCAAGGUAAAUCAACAGACACAAAAAACUCUGGUAGAGGAGUGACUAAUGACACCUGUAUCUGAUGUGUGAUUGGUCCCUGUUCCUGUAUCUGAUUAUUUGAUUGGUCCCUGGUCUCGUAUUUGAUAAUGUGAUUGGUCCCUGGUCCUGUAUCUGAGGAUUAGAUUGGUCCCUGGUCUUGUAUCUGAUGUGUGAUUGGUCCCUGGUCCUGCAGGAGUACAUCAUCCACGUGGACCCAGUCAGCCAUCUGGGUCUAAAUUCAGACAGUGUUCUGGGCUAUAGCAUCAGGGACAUACAUCGCACCAGUGGGGCUGACACCCCUGAACUCCUGCCCUGUGGAUACCUCGUUGGGGACAGUGACACCAUCUCUGUCUCCCUCAAAGGUAUGGGCAAGAAUGGACCUCUGUAAAGUUUUGAAAAUGAGAACUAUGCCCCUAUCACUCCCAUUGUUUUUGUUAGUAGUCACUAUUUAAAUAAAUCUGAGCCCUGUAAUUAAAAGCUGUCUGGAUCAGUCAAUAACAAAACAAUUAAGUGAAUUUAUAAAAAAGAAAGUUCACAUAUCCUUUAAUGUGUUCUGUGCUGCCACCUGCCUGCAGGUGUGUGUGAGCACAGCCAGGACAGACUGGUAUUUCAGACACUGAUUCCCAAGCCCCUACUGCAGCGCUAUGUGUCCCAGCUCCAUGACCACGGCAGGAUCAUCCUGUCUGGCCCCAGCGGCACUGGGAAGAGCUUCCUGGCCAGCCGCUUGGCCGAACACAUGGUGCUGAGGGAGGGGAGAGAGGUCACCGAUAGGACCAUUGCCACGUUCAACGUAGACCACAAGUCAAGCAAGGUCUGUCGAACACUAUUAUGACUCAUAUGUUGAAUGUAGGAAUAACCUUUACUGUAGGAUUCUUUCUGUAUGAGAGUGGAGGUGCCAGAAUGUAACCCUUAUGAGUGUAGCUAUAUGAGAGAGGAGAUGACCAAAUGGAAAUGCUUAUUCCCCUUACAUUGGAACUGUUGGAGGAUACAGUAAUUGGAAUAGAUUAAAUGUUUGAUAUGUCAUUAGUAAUGUAUAGGUAUCUGUGGUAUUUUAGAGGCUGUAUGGGGAAUCAUUGUGUGGUUAAUGUGGAAAUGUUAAACUCUGUUUGUUGCUGGUGUCCAGGAGCUGCAUCAGUACCUGUCUAACCUGGAUGACCAGUGUAAUAGUACGAGUCAUGUGGUGGACAUGCCCCUGGUGGUCAUACUGGACAACCUGCACCACAGCAGCUCCCUGGGAGAGGUCUUCAAUGGCCUGCUCAGCUGCAAGCACCACCACUGGUCAGUACACACACACACACAGAGACGCACAGGCGCACACACACACACACACAUAUACACACACACACAUACAUACAUACAUACACACACACAUACAAACAUUUGUAUUUGUGUGACACUCCUAAAUCCUCAAUUACUUGUUUUUUCACAGUCCUUAUAUCAUUGGAACAAUGAACCAGGCUACAUCGACCACUCACAACCUGCAGCUUCAUCAUAACUUCAGGUACAUCAUAUCCUAUAAUUUCUUAUGUGUUACUGUCUUUUUUCAGUUAAUAGGUAAUGUGGUAUGAUGUCGUCUCCAUUCUGAAAUGUAAAAUUGUAUUUGUGUGACUUGUCAUGUAGCCCCCACAAGAGGGCAGUAUUUAUAAAUGGAUUGAUUGAUAUCUCAGUCCUCUGCCUAACCCUGAUUAGAGGAGGUCUAUUUGAACAUUAACUGAUAACCCUCUCCACUGUUGUCUGGUUCCUGUGUGGGUGGCCUGUCUAGGUGGGUGCUGUGUGCCAACCACACUGAGCCAGUGAAGGGCUUCCUGGGUCGGUUCCUGAGGAGGAGGCUGAUGGAGACAGAGAUCAGCAGCCGACAGCGCAACGCUGAGCUCGUGAGGAUCAUCGAGUGGAUCCCUACUGUCUGGCAUCACCUCAACCGCUUCCUGGAGUCCCACAGCUCCUCAGAAGUCACCAUCGGUAAGAUCCACUGAAAAUCACAUUCAUCUUUUAUUUUCUUCUUGUUUUAUUACAUUAUCUGGCCAAGUUGUUUUUCAUUAUGACGUAAGAGAUGGAUGAAUAGAAUAGAAUAGUUCAACUGUGCCUGAAUGAAUACAUGCAUUUAUAUUGUAUAUAUGAAAUUUGUCAAUAGAGAAAAUAGAUAUGGGACAGGAUUGAAGGUUCUAUUGAAUGAAAGAGAUGUUUUGUUGAUGUUUGUCUCUCUAUCUUCCUCCCAGGGCCCCGCCUCUUCCUGUCCUGUCCCAUGGAUGUGGAGGGAUCCAGAGUGUGGUUCACAGAUCUGUGGAACUAUUCCAUCAUUCCCUACAUGCUGGAGGCUGUCCGAGAGGGGCUGCAGGUACUGUAAAAUGACAUAACGCUGGAAAUGUGGCAUCAAUUCACAUUUGCAGUAGAACAAGGCCUUUGAAUGAUGGUUAGUAAACUAACACACAGAUACAGAGAGAUACAAUACAAUGCAAUACAUGCAUGUAUAUAAUAAGCCCUCACACAUAUAUAAAUAUAUAUAUAUACAGUACCAGUCAAAACUUUGGACACAGCUACUCAUUCCAGGGUUUUUCUUUUUUUUAAAUAUUUUCAACAUUGUAGAAUAAUAGUGAAGACAUCAAAACUAUGAAAUAACACAUAUGGAAUCAUGUAGUAACCAAAUAAGUGUUAAACAAAUCAAAAUAUAUUUGAGAUUCUUCAAAUAGCCACCCUUUGCCUUGAUGACAGCUUUGCACACUCUUGGCAUUCUCUCAACCAGCUUCACCUGGAAUGCUUUUCCAACAAUCUUGAAGGAGUUCCCACAUAUGCUGAGCACUUGUUGGCUGCUUUUCCUUCAAUCUGCGGUCUGACUCAUCCCAAACCAUCUCAAUUGGGUUGAGGUCGGGGAUUGUGGAGACCAGGUCAUCUGCUGCAGCACUCCAUCACUGUCCUUCUUGGUAGAAUAGCCCUUAAACAGCCUGGAGGUGUGUUGGGUCAUUGUCCUGUUGAAAAACAAAUGAUAGUCCCACUAAGAGCAAACCAGAUGGGAUGAAGUAUCGCUGCAGAAUGCUGUAGUAGCCAUGCUGGUUAAGUGUGCCAUGAAUUCUAAAUAAAUCACAGACAGUGUCACCAGCAAAGCACCCCCACACCAUAACACCUGCUCCUCCAUGCUUUACGGUGGGAACUACACAUGCGGAUAUCAUCCGUUCACCCACACCGCGUCUCACAAAGACACGGCGGUUGAAACCAAAAAUCUCCAAUUUGGACUCCAGACCAAAGGACAAAUUUCCACUGGUCUAAUGUCCAUUGCUCGUGUUUCUUGGCCCAAACAGGUCUCUUCUUCUUAUUGGUGUCCUUUAGUAGUGGAUUCUUUGCAGCAAUUCGACCAUGAAGGCAUGAUUCACACAGUCCCCUCUGAACAGUUGAUGUUGAGAUGUGUCUGUGACUUAAACUCUAUGAAGCAUUUAUUUGGGCUACAAUUUCUGAGGCUGGUAACUCUAAUGAACAUAUCCUCUGCAGCAGAGGUAACUCUGGGUCUUCCAUUCCUGUGGCGGUCCUCAUGAGAGCCAGUUUCAUCAUAGCGCUUGAUUGUUUUUGCGACUGCACUUAAAGAAACUUUCAAAGUUCUUGACAUUUUCCGGAUUGACUGACCUUCAUGUCUUAAAGUAAUGAUGGACUGUCGUUUCUCUUUGCUUAUUUGAGCUGUUCUUGCCAUAAUAUGGACUUGGUCUUUUACCAAAUAGGGCUAUCUUCUGUAUACCCCCCCUACCUUGUCACAACACAACUGAUUGGCUCAAACGUAUUAAGAAGGAAAGAAAUUCCACAAAUUAACUUUUAAGAAGGCACACCUGUUUAUUGAAAUGCAUUCCAGGUGACUACCUCAUGAAGCUGGUUGAGAGAAUGCCAAGUGUGUGCAAAGUUGUCAUCAAGGCAAAGGGUGGCUAUUUGAAGAAUCUCAAAUAUAAAAUAUAUUUUGAUUUGUUUAACACUUUUUUGUUAACUACAUUAUUCCAUUUGUGUUAUUUCAUAGUUUUGAUGUCUUCACUAUUAUUCUGCAGUGUAAAAAAUAGUAAAAAUAAAGACAAAUCCUUGAAUUAGUAGGUGUGUCCAAAAUGUUGACUGAUAGUGUAUAUAUAUAUAUAUAUAUAUAUAUAUACUGUUUUUAAGGAAAAUCACUGAGCAUUUAGCAUGAUUCUAACCGAGUCAUCUGUCUGUCUGUCGGUCUAUCUCCUAGCUGUAUGGGAGGAGAGCUCCAUGGGAGGAUCCAGCACAGUGGGUGAUGGAGAGCUAUCCCUGGGCAGCCAGCCCUCUGCAGCACGAAUGGACCCAGCUGUUGAAGCUCCGGCCUGUGGACGUGGGAUUCGAUGGAUACUCCAUCUCCAUAGACGGCUAUCCCAGCAAGCAGCUUCCCCAGAGAGAAGCUGACGGAGACCCCCUGGUAAGUGAAUUAUAAUCCCUACCUCAUGUUAACAUUUCUGACAAUCUUUAUCCCAAAUAUCAGUUGGAUUUGGAAAUAUUUAAGAAAGUCUGUUUGGUAUGGCAUUACACAAUAAUCCUGUAUGUGAUGAUGGUCUGAAUGGACAACGGUUUGACUUGAUAUUUGUAUCCAAGAACAAAGUGUUUCAUUAAGGUGCUUUUAAAGACUAUCUACUGUCCUACUGAUGGCUUUAUGGUUAGUAUGAGUGUCUGUAUGUAGGGGACAACCUAUCUGACCUCUGACCUCUAAUCUCCACAGAUGAACAUGCUGAUGAAGCUAAAGGAAGCAGCCCACUGCUCCGCCAGCGCUCAGAGCUACGACAGCGACUCCAACAGCAACCAGGAUCACCAUGACAACACCAUGCUGGACUCAUCACUGGAAUCCACACUAUGAGUCUCACUGGGUCAGAUAAUACUCACUCUGGCUGGGACACAUCCUAACUUGAGAUACCUUUGUGUUAAUCAUCCAUUGACAUCAAUGGGAGACUGAUAUGAGGUUAUGUAUUUCAAGUUAGAAUUUUGACCUCUGUGACUUCAUAUCUUUAGGCAGACAUUAUAUAAUAGUUGGAACUCACUACUUUCCAAAAAGGGUUCUUCAAAGGGUUCUCCUA